AUGUCUCGUUCGUUGGCGGCGGAAUGGUGGUUGUCGCGGUUGAGGCGGUGGCCUCUCAUCGGAAUCUUAGAGUCGGGCAACGAAGCUGCAAUGGAGGGGAGGAACUGUGCACAAGGACUGUCUCAGGCUACGAACAAGUUGUUGAUGGUGACUCGGGUCGUGAUGGCGACGGGUUGUGGUGGCGAUGUCAAUGUGACCAACCGAGCUUGUAGUGGCGACAGGACUUGCCGGCUACGGAGCAUGUGGCAGAUGGCAGCAGAGCAAGUGGCUGUGUCACGCUCGCCGACUCUGAAAUUUCCAAGUAGGAGAAUGACACCGGAUGAAAUUGCCGAACAUGUUAAGGAUAUUUGUCCAGAAUUUGGUGACCUUAACAUUGAAGAAGUUCUUCUAAUGCAGGAAAGCGCGUUUCAGUAUAUUCAGGUCAAUAAACAGAACAGGGGCAUGGCUUCAAGCUAUGGUGAAACAAGCAACACCAGUUCACUUUCGUUGCAUGAGAAUGAGUCAUCAUCACGUGGGACAAGUGCCGAGCACCAAUUGGCUCACGAUGAAGACUUAGCAAGGGCCUUGGAGCUGGGGGAUGACUUUUAUAAUUUCGAUGUUCAGGAACCUGGUGCCAGUGCUGUUGGAUCAACUGUUGGAGAAUUGCCAAACCAGAGUGAGAGUCGAAACAUAAGGCAAGACGAGUUUGAUCCUGAUACAAUGACCUAUGAGGAACUGCAAUCACUUGGAGAAUCUGUUGGAAUAGAGAGCAGAGGGCUUUCGGCAGAUAUCAUUUCUCGGUUACCGACAUUCAAAUACAAAGUUGGUUUCUUCUCAAAGAAAAAGAAAGAAAAAGAAGAGUGCGUCAUAUGCUGCUCCGAAUACAAAAAUGGAGCUAAGUUGACUACUCUUCCUUGCACGCAUCAGUAUCAUUCGCAGUGUAUCACUCCUUGGUUGCAACAAAAUAAAGUAAGCUUGACUUCGAGUGAUUACAAAACUAUCCACCCAUAUCAAUGCCCGAUUUGUCAAAAGGAGGUUGAAGAUGAGUAGCUAUACAACCUGCUCAAUUCCACAUGCCUGUUUGAUAAAUGCCUGCCAGUUUUGAUUUCUGUAACCCUAUAUAACUUGUUCGAAUGAAUUUUCAGCUUCGUAAUUUCUGUAUCAAUUUCACUGUUUGUACAAAUGCGUUCACCAUGUUGGGAGAGAUGGUGUGAACUUCUGCCAGCAUAUGGUGCAGUGGUUUGUGUGUGUGUAUAUUUAUAGAGCAUGAGCAUGCCUUUUAUGAAGAUUAAUAAUAAUUACUAAUG